AUGUAUCUUCACCGGGAGUUGAGUCGGCAAAAUGUACCCUACUACUUUCUUGGAGGAUUUGCGUGUAUCAAUGUCGCUAUGACUGCACGUACGACAGCCGACAUUGAUAUUGCCGUCCCUAACGGCCAGAACGGUUACGGCGUACUUCUCGACAUCUUGCAGCGCGCACCUUUUGUUCAGGAUACUGAGGGUUUUAUAUCCCGGGAUUCGUACUAUUUUUUGUUGAAUAGUCAGGCCGCUUUGUCAAAGUUGGCGGCGUUCUGGUGUGCGGGUCUGCUAAAGUUGAAGAUUAGCAGCUGGGCGAACAAGUCACGCCGUAGUGGUUUGAAAAGGGAUGGUGAUAUCAUUGACAUCAAUUCUAUUCAAAACUUAUUGAUCCAGAAUGGGGAGAAGAUGCCUUUGAAGGGCUUGGAGGGCGAUGCCGCCAAUGGUCUGUGGGAUUGGAUACAAGAAUUCAAAGAUCUCAAGAUGUGGCAACUCCUGGACUCGUCCUACAAGGGUCACUAA